AUGCAGACCUCGCCAUCCAACGUUACCGGCGACUCUCACAAGCACGCGCUGCCCGCGGGUGCUCUCGAACCAACUACUGUGCUGCGAUGUGGUCGGUAUGAUGCGAAGAAAGCCAGGGUAUCGCCGGGGCAUACGAGUAUUAAAGUAGGCCUGUACUCCUCGGGGAGGGAACCCGAACCUCAGUACUUGCCGCCCUUUUGGUCUGCUCACACACACCCCGAAGGGCAACGCUACUUCGUCCGGGAGUCUAGGCCUCGGAUUAUCACGGAGGCGAAUCUCUGCUCAUCCGCUAUGCAAGAAAUUGUGGCCACGUGGAUCGAAGCGGUAGAACGGCUUUGCAUCGAGCAGCAAAUCACUCUUCCUGAUGACACGGAGCUUUACCUCGAACCGAAUGAGGACUCGGGUUCCUGCCGUUACUACGCGGUUGACUAUCCCAGCCGCGUUGUCUUUUGGCUAGAAGAGGCGUCCAGUGAUGUCUUGGACCUGCCAGCGACCGUCACCGACUCGCAUCUUCGGAUUGCGUUGGAGGAACACUACUGGACUCAUGUGGAAUACUUCUCGAUGCAUCGUUGUCGGGAACUGGACUUGUCCCUGGAACAGCUCAAGUCCAUCCUGCUGCACGCACGGGUGGAUCAGAUGACCUCUGCAACGUCCACCUUCCCCUAUAAUGCCGCUGAGUGUUCAGGAUUUCUGGAUGUUGUCAAGGCUGCCCAAGAAUGCGCCCCUGAUGGCCACAUCGUGGCGACUAUUGCUCGUCUAUGGAACGUCAUCUUCCACUACGGCGAGGAACAUGCGCGCCUUUCGAGAGAUCAGUCGAUACUGGACUGUCCUGCGACGACUCCGUCAUGCAUCUUCCGAGCUCUUUCGCGUCUUUGUUUCAGAAUACCAGAAGCGAACGUGCACGAGUUCGACCAGCUCUACGUUGACAACCUCGUCUACGUCGAGCCGUGGCGCAAAGCCAUGAAAGCGCACAGAGGAGACUGGCUCCUACACGCCUCUUGGGCCCUCGCCUUGCUGAUUGUUGACGUUCUAUCGCUCAUCGUUCCACGGGCCUCUCGCCAUCUGGCGUUAGCGUCUAUGCUCUUCUGCAACAUGUCUCUCAUGUCGGCGGUCAUCCUGUCCAUGAGACAUCAAUGGGCCACAACCUCCGACGCCUCGGAUGCCGCGUCCUACCUCAACGAGGCGCAGCGAGAGUCGUCCGGCUUCUGCUGGACGGCGUUCGCAUUUAGCCUUCCGAAGGCGCUCUUCCUCUGGGCGCUGGUCCUGUCGUCUAUGCAGGGCUUCGUGUGGCUCGCGGUCGUGGCCGACGUAUAUGCACUUGUUGCGUACCAUUCCUCCUGGUUGUUGUCGGUAACAAAAAUGAUAUACCCGUACUCCCCGUUUGGAUUGAAUUGA